AUUGUAGACCCUGCAACAAUCCCUAGCCAAGAAGAACAAGAACCAUCAACCACCAGUUCAGAAACAUCAGGAUCAGCUCAUUGUCACUUGUCACAAGUGAAAUUCUUGAGGAACACCAGGAAGAACGAUUUUUUUCCCCCUUCAAGAUAAGUUGUAUAUUCUUUAUCUUAAUAACACUUACACAAGUAUAAUCUUGACUAGAAGUAGUAUUGCUAGUAUUGUUGGCAGAAACAUUGUGGGCAUCACGCACUGUUGUCUACCACUGUCAGACGUUAAAAAGCUACUUUAGGCUUUAUUCACUGAAUGAGGGCUCACCCUGGUGGGUAACUCGGCAUGCUUUGAUUGGCAGUUUUAUGUCCUUUUAUGCCCUUUCUGAUGCAACUAACUGUCACACAUUGACUUACUAAAAUUUCUGACCAUUCCCUGCUUAAAUGUUCCUUCAGUGUCAAGAUUUUUAAUUGGUUCAUUUUCUUGCAUGUACUGCCUGUUUCAAAGUAAACAUGAACUACUUUGACAGACUGAAACAAGUCCUUGUCUAGAGGAUCUCAAGCCAACAGGUUUCAGUGAAAGAAGUCGGUCUAUCACAUCUAGAGCAUCACUAAGAGCAUGCACUCUCUUAAUUUCAGACAUUUAAUGAUUUUUACAGUGCAAAUUCACCCCCAAGGAUCACGCUCUCAUGCUCUCCAUGUAACUCUUAUCGAAACUUAAAUUCAACAUGAAGGACGCAUAUGUGACAAUGCUCAGCAGUGGAUUUCAAUGUAGAAAUUAAAAAAAAAAUAAAAGCACUGGAAGGGCCAGAGUAGUAAAAAACUAGACCAUCUUGAAGGGGGAAAUAGCUAUAUUCUAUAAUAAGUGUGGAGGAGGGGGAAAGGGGUUUUCAGUCAAAAUCCUCACUGCAGGUCACUGGAUGCGGGUGAUGUAAGCGUGUACCGAAUGACCUCUCAGGGCCAUUGUAAUUUUUGUUGUUUUUGAAUAUUUGUGGUGAAACUAAAAUCAAAUUCUUUCCCAUCUGCUUUUGAUCAGUAGUGGAACUGCAGCUAAUGCUCACCCCAUACUGACUUCCCUGUAGUCAGCCUCCAAUCCCAACACAUUGCACCAUAGCCUCCUGUGACACCCAUCCCUACCUAUCCUAUCACACCCCACCGAUCACUUUCACUCACAACGAGGUUCAGAGGCAAAUGAGAAGCCUCCACUCAGGCAAGUCAGCUGGACCAGAUGGGGUGAGUCCCCGUGUCCUCAAUACCUGUGCUCCCCGUCUUUCAUAAACUCUUCAUGAUGAGCCUGAGUCUGCAGAGUCCCAGAGCUCAAGAGGACGUUUUUGUACUAAAAACCCCCCCCAGAAUUACAGACCUGUGGCACUGACAUCCACGUCAUAAAGAACCUGAAAAGACUCAUUCUCGAUCAUCUCUGACCUGUGGUCAGUUUUCCAGUGUGCCUACGCCUGUGAGAUGCAGUAGUGGGCUGUGGCAGACUCCUUUGUUAAGUGUUGCAAGCAGAAUCAUCUGCAACUCAACACGACUGCAGAUGACUGAUGCACAAUCAAAGUUCAAAGUUCAGUUGAUUGAACUUUUGGAGGCCAGGCCCAUAUAUCACAAAAUAUGAAAACUUAUUACUUACUUCAGGAAAGCACUGACCAUGUCUUGGUCAUAUAGUCUGGCAUGAUGCUUUUCACAUCAGACAAUAUGUUUGCUUCUGUCAGCAUAAAGGAAAAGAAUUAUUUAGCAGGAAUUAUAAACUAGUACAUUGUAAAGUCAUCUGUGGAAAAAAAAAGGAAAAAAACUGUGUGAAUUAUAUCAGAACCAUUAAUAUAUUAAUACAUUACUGACAUUUGAUAUACUAGAAGAAUUGCGCUGUAUAGAAACUGUGAUAUUGUUCAGAAAGAGAUGAAAAUACCUGCAAAUCAUGAUGUAGACUCACUUUGUCACUUAGCUGGUGGCUGGCACUUGCUGGGGUCACUUUGAAGCUCUGAUUUUCUUUUCUCUGACUGGACAAAAAUAAAAUUGCAAAGCCACAAACAUCUGUUGUCUUGAUUUCUCUCUCAAUAUUGAAAGUUGUUCUGAGUGAAUUAUUUAGUUGUUUCAAAAGUAUUGCUGCCUUUAAAACACAGAUUAAUAUAAAAUGAAAAAAAUAAGAUGCAUCUAACUCACCUGCAUCACUUGUGGAAGGCAAGAACUGAGAAUGAAUAAUAGUAAUAAAGGAAAUUAUCACUCUUUGCAUUGGCAUUGUUCUUUAACAAAAUUUAAAGGACACUAACAUACAAGUUUUACAAUCAACAAACUUACUGCAGUCAUGUUUUCAACCAGCAGACUGAUAAAGAAUAGAUUAUAACUCCAUUGUAUUAAGUUUUUAGAUUCAGUCAUUUAUUGGUUUCUGGAGGUUGUAGGGAUUUUGGGUUGCCAGGGGGCUCACUGACUGUCUGUAUAAGCAACAGACUGGACCUCUACUUUGUCUCAGGCAGGCUUAUUAUACUGAAAUUCAGUAUAAUCCUUACCUGAACCAAAUCAGCUGCUUCUUGAUGCUCCUGUUUACACUGCAGAUAAAAAGUGCAAAGCUGUGUACAGUACUGAGCAGACUUUAAGAUGUAUUCAAAAUGUAAAAAAAAAAUUAAAAUUAAUAAAAAUAAUGUAAUUUGUUGUAUAGAUACUUCCGUAAAUACUGAAUCAGAAAGAAAUUUUUUUAACUUACUUGAAAAGACAUGUUGACUGUUUCCUGAUUUAUGUUUUGUUUUUCCUGGUAAAAUGAAAUUGCAAAACCAUAUAAAAUUUUUCAAAAUUUCACUACAUAUUAUUUCAACAAUAUAGUUUUGUAAUAUACAGAUAAUUCUAAAAAAAAAAAAAAAUCAGCUCUAUGCAAUAAAAAUAUAAAUGAUUUUUAAAGCAGUUAGUGACCUUUCACAGCCUGAGUUUCUUCUUGAAUUUCACUCUUGGUCCAGCUUUUUUUUUUAAAUAAAUUUUCAGCUCUCGAUCAUCAAGACUAUACAGACUUUCCUUGUCAAUUUAUUCAACUGUAAUUAAAGAGUCAGUUGCAAAAGUAAGAACUGCUCUUAAUGGCUUCAGAAAUUGUCUUUUAAAUUAUUUUUAAAGAGUGGAAUAGCUAUGGGAACUGCUGAAUGAGCUGAAUGCAUGUGUAGAUUUAAUCUAACUCUCACUCUUCUGUUUUGACCUCAGGACCUGGCGUUCACAUAUUGGGACAUGACAUUGUGGGUUGUCUAGACCACAAUACUAAAUAUUGCUCUUUCAAAUGAGCCACAUUGCUCAAAGGGGCACAAUUGCUGUUUUUCAUUUUGUUUUUAUACGAAAAAUGUUGCUGUGUUCAGACACCAAAUAAAGAGUUUUGCACAUCAUUACUUAAUUGUGACUUUAUAGUGUUCUAUUGAAUACUAUAAAGCCAAACAGCAAAGAGAAACUAAAAAUGCAUGCCAUGAAAGAGUUUGGGUCUUAGGAGGUUAACACAUUUUGUAUAGUAUAAAGAAAAUCUUGAGCGUUCUUGUACUCUCUGAAUGGAAAAUGCCAAGGCUGUGGGAUGGAAGGGUGAUGGGAUUGCUGCAGCAUGCAAAAAAGUAGAUAGAUAAAGAUGUCUGAAAUAGUUAAAAAUUAUUUCAGAUGUUAUUUUUGUCCAAAAUGUGAGAUUUAAUGUGUGAUUAAAUAAGUAAAAAUAACCCAUGAACUCAUCUCUGUCAUAUCUGUGUAACCUGCCAAAAAGGAAUUUUGGAUAUUUCUAUGUGUGUUGUUUGUGUUUAAUAUCUUUACUUUAAAUUUAAAAUCAAUCCAGUACUUUUUGGUCACAUGUAUGCCUAAAGAACAGUAAUGUUAUAUAGGUCACAGUUUCUGCUGCCUUCAUGUAGAGAUGGCGGAUACAGCCGCACCCACACACACACGCACACGCACACAAACACAUCCCUGCCAUCCCCCGCAAUCAUCUUUAAAAAAAAAAAAAAAAAAUACUGAAAUCACUUUUUCCACAACAUAUGGUAUACAUCUUUCUCAGCUGUGUGGCCCUGUGGUGGGAGGGGGUGGGAUUAAAUAAGUGUAUGCUUCUUCCCACUCCUUUUCGAUAUGGAACUGAAUCAGAACAGUUGAAGCAAUAUUGAAAUGUAGUCGCUUUAUUUUGUAUAUAAUUUUUUUCUCUUCUUUUCUUUGCAAAAUGAACUUUGUAUAUUGUUUACAUGACCGAAAUAAAUUAACAAAUAAACCAGUUCAGUCCAGUUUAGGCUGAUUAUUCUUGUGUGCAGCUGGGUCUGCUACUUCAAAGAUUUCAUAGAAUGUGGCAAGAGGAAUGGAAUGCUAUGUACACUUUAUGUCCUACUCCCUAAACUUCCCCACCCCCAAUAUCGGGGCGCAUCCCACAGCUCUGGACUGCAGAAGAAUGUUGUAGCACUCAUGUUUUUAGUAAAAGACUUUAUGUUUUACAGUUAACAGAUCAUAUCUUGGUCCAGCCCAGAGUUGAUCAUGACCAAUUGGCCAAUCCACCACCUUUCAUUGUUUAUACUGUUAUAAUGAAAAAAAACAUUGGCCCAUAAAAGUGAAAAAUCACCAUCGGCCCACCAGGCAAAUGCCAGGUAUGCCCGAUGGCCAGUUUAGCUGUGCCUCUUGUGAAAAAAGGAAUAACUGUAACAAGUUUUUUUUUUUAAACGCUGGCUGGGGGGGUUGUUACCCCCUCUCUCAGCCACUCCCAUCUGCCCUGCACAAACACCACCUCUUUCUGCUUUUCUUUGUUCUCAGUUCUGCUUUACCCUGCAUCUGCUUUACUCAUGUUGGAUUGACCUUUCUAUCAUCCAGUUUAUUUUUAACCUAUUUUUAUUCGGUUUUUAUCUGUUUUAAUCUGUUUUCAGACUUUUUACUUUUUUCCUGCCUGUUUACUGUUCGUGUCUCACUGCUUGCUUCACAUCUCCCUCAGCAGCCUUUUCCUGCUUUACUUUCAACAAAAGUUUCAUUUCUAGGUCAUGGACGAUUUCGUAAGAAACAAACUGCUUGAAUGGGGCCUAAGUGAUUUGGAGGAACGACUUGAAGCUAAUAAAGUCACAGAGGAAAGCCUUUUUUGUAUUACCAAUGAAGACUUAACUGAGUUAAUCCCUGAAGUUGGUCUAAGGUCAAUAUUCAGAAGGAGACUUGAUCAAUUAAAGAAAGAACAAAACAAAAGGCAAGAUACACCUGAGUUUUCUGGUCAGGUUUCACCAUCCACAAGUUCAAAAGGAAAAAGAAAGUCAGAGCCUCAGGGGGAGUCCAGCAAAUUGCAACCACCAACUAAAAGACAAUGUGACUCAGAAGAAACAAGAAUAUUGUCUGAAGUGAAAGGCAUAAUGAAAAAAGUCGAGGACUGUAUAAGAAACAAAGAACAGCUUGGUGAUUUUAUAAAGGAUAAAAUCAAGGAUUUGGAGACAGAAAAGAGACACCUGGUUGGUGUCUUUGGUAAAACCGGGGCUGGAAAGAGCUCUUUAAUCAAUGCCAUCAUUAAUAAGGAGGGCCUGUUGCCUUCUGGAAGUGUCAGUGCAUGUACCUCAGUAAUGAUAAAGGUGGAGGCUACCAAUGGAUCAAAGUAUGAGGCACACAUCGAGUUCAUUACAAAAGAGGCUUGGAAAAGUGAGGUUGACUCACUAAAACAGGCUUUUGAAGACAACGACAAUGAUUAUGAUGAUGGUGGUAAUGAUGUUGUAUUUGACCCUGAUGGAAAGUUAUCAGCGCUGUAUGGAGACGAGUGGAAAGAAAAAAACACUGGCAGCCUCAUUGACAACAACAAAUAUUUCCCAGAUAUUCCAGAGUUUCGAAAGUCCAAGAUAAAAAUAUUGGAAAGUGAUUCAGCUGAAGGGUUGUCUGAAGAAUUUGUGAAAUAUACAAGAAGUGAGUCAAAUGAGAGCGAAGAAGUAAAGAGGUAGUACUGGCCGCUUGUGAAGUGUGUGACUGUCAAAGUGCCAGACAAUGAUUUUCUUGAUCACGUCACACUCGUGGACCUUCCUGGAAACGGUGACACUAACAGUAGCAGGGAUAGAAUGUGGACAGAGUUUGUUGCCAGUUGUUCAACUGUGUGGAUUGUGACUGAAAUGAAUCGAGCAGCAUCAGAAACAGAAGCCUGGGAGAUCCUGGAAGAUGCCAGUAGCCUGCUGGGAAAUGGUGGCGAGUGUCAGCAAAUUCAUUUUAUCUGCACCAAGUCAGAUAAUGAAAACCCAGAUGAUCUAAACAAAGUCAAACGUGCAGUGAUGAAUGAAUUCAAAAAGCGGAAAUUAAUUAAGGAUCACUUCAGUGAGGAUAGUUUCAAAGUCUUCACAGUGAGCUCCAAAGAGUUCCUCAAAGGGGAGAAUGUAAAUCCAGAUCUCAAUGAAAUACCAAAACUUAAGGAAAUUUUGAAAAAUCUGAAUGACACUCAUUCAAAGACCUUAAACUAUGUGUCUGGAGCUUAUGGGAUUCUGUCUUUGAUUCAAGGGGCCAGAAGUGGAGAAGUGGUUGAACAAAAAAACGAUGUGUGUGCGGACCUUGAGGGAAACUUGAGCAUCCAACUUAAUCAAGUCAAAAAAGCAAUUGAAGGCAUUAUAAAAGUUUUUGAAGAACGCCUAAGUGAGGGAGUAGAAAAAUCCCAAACUUUAUGUAAACAAAAACUGAAGUCCUUCUUACACCCCAGUAAAACGAGUGACAGAGCUUUUCACAGGACACUAAAGUUUGCAGUUAGGAAUGAUGGCGUCCAGAAACCAAAAAAAGGGAAACGAAAAAACCUCAACGUGACUUUAGUUUCUUGUUUGACUGAAAGCAUUGAUAAAGAAUUCAGAAAGACCUUCCCAAACAACAUAAAAUGUGGACAUUUCAAUGGAGCCAUUGAUGCGUUUUCACUCAGCACUGAUUCAUUGAUUGAAAAGUACAAAGAUGUCAAACUGCAACUGACAUUUCUCCAGACAGAGGAGAAAAAAAUGAAGACAAAGCUCAACGAAACAAUCCUCACACGAAAGAAAGUAAUCUACAACAGUCUGACAGAGACAAUCAAGGACAACAUGAAAGAAUGCUAUAAAGAAGCAGCAACAUUUGAAGGAAAAGGCACGCUGAAGAACAUGAGGGACACUAUUGAGAGACAUGUGGAGUCAAAGAUGGACAUGUUUGAGGAGGCAAAAUAUGUCAUGUUGGAGCAGUUGAACAAUUUGAAGGAAACUGUCCUGAGGACACUGGAGGAAACCAUGAAGGAAUCCAUUGAACACUCACUCAAGACUGAGGCCUGCUCACUGCCAGAUGUUUCAGAUCAUCUUCGGGUGGUGAAGAAACUUUAUGACGAACUUCAUGACGGUCAAGUUGAAAAAAAAAAACCUACACUGGAAACAGCUGAGGCCUGAUGACUCACAGGACAUCCCUGAGGAAACACUGAUAGAGACAGGAGGUCUUUACAUAUUAUCACAGUAAUUUUUGUUUAGCUCUCUUUGAAUAUUAUGUUGAUGUGUACUUUUGACUUUUAAUACAUUUAUAUACAAAGAGCAUUUUGAAUAUUAUAGAUAUCAAUUAAAAAUGCUAAACCAUGGUCUAAACCAUGUUUUGAUUUCUUUCUUUUUUUUAAAAAAUUAGUAAUACCUUUUUAAUCACUUAUAGCAGAGCGUGAAGACAUGUAAUGCAUUUCCCCAUUUAAACCUGAGAUUUAUGGUUUUAAUUGUAAGAGUCUGAGAUUACAGUUUCCAAAUGCAUUUUGAUUUUGUUGCUUGUUUUAAAUAUCAUAAUUUAAUGAUUUAAGUUGAUGUGUAUACUGUGGGUUCAUUGUGAUGGGAGCAUUCAUUUUUAAUGUAAGUGCUUAUCAGUUAAAUACUAAACCUUAUCCAACACUUAACUUCAUAGUUCUAAAGACAAAUACUUGUUUGUUGUAGUUAUACCAUGUGUGUACAUGACAAAUAGUGAGAAAUAGGCAUAAGUAAUGUUGUAGGAAAUCAGCAGCUACUUCAGUCAUCUUCCUGCCAUUUUGCUUUUUCUGGGCUUAGAAUUAUUGGUGAAUAUAUUACAGUUUGGGUUUCAGUUCAGGGUUUUGAGUUUCUUUUUAAUUAUUUUUAUUAUUUUUACAUUUUAAUUAUUUCUGCACAUAUUGUUGAAUUCUUGUUUUGAUUUUUGUCUUGAUUAAUUCUCUUGUGUUUCCUCCCCUGAUAAUGCUUUCUUGUAUUUUCCUCCUGAAACAGUUCACUCACGUUUAGCAUUUACUUUCAUGUUUCCUGUAACCUUAUUUCAGCAAUCAUUAUAAAAGCUGACUGAUUUUUAAAAAUGCUCAGGAAAAGGUACUUCAGUGCUUCCUUUAUUACCUCUUUUAGCAUACAGGAUUAAGAUACACUGAACCCUCCUUUGUGAAAUAAAGAUAUUUACAUCUCAUAA